ACCAAAUGAUUCCUCCAAUUGCAUUCACCGACGACAUUACCUUGUUACUUUCGAUCUCUUCUAAGGGACACCCUUAGAUUACUUCUCCCUCUAUUUUUCAAUCUUUUUCUAAUCACAACGUACAACAAAUAAGGACAAAUAAAGACCAAACCAAUUAUACAAGUUAGUUAAUUACCCCUUCAUCUUUCUUCAAGGCUGCAGUGCCUGAACCCCAACAAGAAAGCUCGUUUUCCACCCUAAGGAUGCCUAGCAGAGUACUUCAAGGGGAAGCUCCUUUACCCUCUAAGGAAUCACAGAUUCCCUCGUCCAGGUACAAACAUGAAACAUUGUUCUUCGUCCUUGGAGGGAUAGUAGUGGUUGCCAUAUUGUUUAUUCUCUGGUUUGUGUUUCGGAAGCGUAUCAAACAGCCAACAAAGCCAAAGGGAAAGACAGCUCCAAGUAAAGAGCACAAAGAGGUGAUGAAAAUGGUAUUUCCAUCCAAACAGCAAUCAGGGUCCAAGUCCAUGUCCAUGGAAUUCUUUAGUGGAAAUCUUCAGUCAAUUUGCUUCUUUGACUACCAAACAUUGAGGAAAGCAACCCACAAUUUUUUUCCUGGUAAUCUCCUUGGAAGUGGGGGAUAUGGGCCUGUCUACAGGGGAAAGUUGGUAGAUGGGAGGAUGAUUGCAGUGAAGACAUUGUCCCACAACAAAUCACAACAGGGAGAAAGAGAAUUCCUGGCAGAGGUGAAAAUGAUCACUAGCAUCCAGCACAAAAAUCUGGUUCGCCUUCUCGGAUGCUGCAUCGAUGGACCUCAAAGGAUUCUUGUCUAUGAAUACAUGAAAAACAGAAGUUUGGAACUAUUUAUAUAUGGAAAUGGUGAUCAAUUUCUGAAUUGGAGCACCAGGUUCCAAAUUAUUCUCGGAGUUGCGCGGGGACUGCAAUACCUUCAUGAGGACUCACACCUCAGAAUUGUUCACCGAGAUAUCAAAGCAAGCAACAUUCUUCUUGAUGACAAGUUUCAGCCAAGGAUUGGAGACUUUGGACUAGCUAGGUUUUUCCCUGAGGACCAAGAUUACCUUAGCACACAGUUCGCUGGAACAUUAGGUUAUACAGCACCUGAAUAUGCUACUAGAGGAGAACUGUCAGAAAAGGCAGAUAUCUAUAGUUUUGGAGUCCUCUUGCUGGAAAUAAUCUGCUGCAGGAAAAAUACAAUUCGUACUUUACCAUCAGAAAUGCAGUACCUCCCUGAAUAUGCAUGGAAACUGUAUGAGAAGUCAAGUAUAUUGGAUAUUGUAGAUCCAAAGCUGCGACGAGAGCAUGGAUUCGUAGAAAAGGACGUUAUGCAAGCAAUCCAUGUUGCUUUCUUAUGUCUUCAGCCUCAUCCACAUUUGAGACCCCCCAUGUCACAGAUCGUAGCUCUGUUAACAUUCAAAAUCGAUAUGGUUACAACACCAAUGAGGCCAGCUUUCCUCGACCGACGGCGCAUAAAGGAUGAAGCUGAGAUCAACCAUUCUUUUGAAAUAAUAUCUGAGGCCACUGAUUCAAUUUCUAUCAGAUAAAAGGGUCAUGAUGAUCCCAGAGAAGGGAAGAGGGAAAGAGGUCUAAAGGAUGCUACAGAGUAUAGAUUUUAUUCACUUCACUUUUGUACAUACUAGUAUAGUAGUGUUUUUUACCCGCGCGUUGUACGGGAAUACAUCUAUUAUAUUUGAUAGGUCAA